AUGGAUUCACUCAAAGGUAAAGUUGUCGGAUCUACUAAGAAAAUUUGGUACGCACCAAAUAAAUUCGAGUCAUAUGGUGAUGAAGAAAUCAAAGCCGUUGAAAAUUGUUUACGAAAUGGUUGGCUGGCACCAGGUCCUAUUACUGAGCAAUUUGAACAUGAGGUAGCGAUUAUCUUUGGGAAAAAAUUCGCUAUAAUGGUUAAUUCAGGCUCAUCAGGCAAUAUACUAGCAUUACUCAUAGCAGGGUUGAAAGCUGGUGAUGAAGUUAUUACACCUGCAUGCACUUUUGCCACAACUGUUGCUCCUAUCGUUCAACUCGGCCUCAUACCCAUAUUUUGUGACGUUGAACUGGGUUCAUAUGUACCUUCUGUCAAGCAAGUUAUUGAAAAAGUUAGUUCACGCACAAAAGCUUUCUUUCUUCCGAACCUGAUUGGUAGCAAACCUGACUGGCAAGGAUUGAAAAAUGAAUUAUUUAUGUUGGGCCGCCGAGAUAUCGUACUCAUCGAAGACUCCUGCGAUACAAUCACGAACACAACAAUAACAGAUAUUGCUGUUACCUCAUUUUACUCAAGCCAUAUCAUUACAGCAGGUGGUGGGGGCGGAAUGGUGAUGUGCAAUGAGAAGAGUCAACGUGAUCUCGCUUUGCAAUAUCGUGAUUGGGGACGGAUGGGUACGAAUACUGAAUCGUUCUCGGAACGCUUCGGACAUUGUGUUGAUGGCAUUGAAUAUGAUUUCAAAUUCUUGUAUCCUAUUCUUGGUUAUAAUUUCAAAUCAACUGAAAUGAAUGCUGCAUUCGGUUUGGAACAAUUGAAAAAAUUGCCAUCCUUUCUUGAGAUACGUCGUAAAAACAUAAAUCAUUUUGUGAAACAACUGAAAGAAUUAAUACCGUACGGUCUUGUACUCCCAAAAGAUCAUGACAAAUUAGAUUGGCUUGCAUUACCACUCAUGUUACCAAACCGCAAGGAGCUCCUUCAAAACCUCGAAGAGAACAACAUUCAGACACGAGUAUGUUUUGCUGGUAACAUCACUCGACAUCCUGCAUACAGACAAUUCUACGAAGUCUUUCCGAAUGCUGACGAAAUUAUGAGGAAUGGCUUCUUGAUUGGUGCUCAUCAUGGUAUGAGUGAACAGGAUGUGGAUUAUGUGUGCAAAAUAAUUAAAAUGCAUGUUAAUUCCAAUCAACCAUCUAACAAUACUAAUGUGCAAUCUUAA